AUGCAGCUCGGGGCAUUUUUCAAGCUCAAUGCAAAGAGUGCGGGAUACACCGACUUUAUCCGGGCCAACGGUCCUAACGGGUAUUCCUGGAACGUGGUGAGAUUGGAAUCGAAUGAGAUUCUUUUUCGCCAUGCCGCAAAGAGUGGUGCAAAGGCCUUCGAGAAUGUCUCGUUGAAGUCGGUGAAUUUCGAGCCUUAUGAGAACGGUAUGUUCACCAGCCAACACAAAUUGGCUAACCCUGGACGGCCUGUUUCGGCCGAAUGGAAGACGAAAGAUGGUUGCUCCGGUACCAUCUCGUUCGAUUAUUUGGUGGAUGCGACGGGUCGAGUCGGUAUUCUGUCAACCAAGUACCUCAAGAAUCGCAAGUUCAACGAGAGCUUCAGAAAUAUUUCUAUCUGGGGAUUCUUCAAGGGUAAUAUUCCGCCAAGUCCAGGAACAGAUCGCGAAAAUCAGCCUAUAUCCGAAGGCAUGAGAGAUGGGUCAGGCUGGGUGUGGAUGUUACCUUUACAUAACGGCACAGUAUCCAUCGGGGCUGUUUUUCGAAGAGACAGUUUUCUUGCCAAGAGGAAGGCCUUUCCAGAAGGGACAACGGAGGCUCAAACCCUGGCGAGCUUGGUUGCACUCUGCCCUACAAUUUCUUCAUAUUUGGAGCCGGCUGAACUGACUUCUGGUAUCAGACAAGCGACAGACUACUCCUACAGUGCUAGCGCUUAUGCCCGUCCAAAUUUCCGUAUUCUCGGCGAUGCUGGCCCUCUCGAGCUAGCCCUCUCGAGUGCGCUAGCAGCGGCGACGUCCAUCAAUGCAUGCAUCCGGGGGGAUUGCAACGAAUUCGAUGCCUCCAAGUGGUUCGCCGAAAAGUUUGACGAAGGUUACACGUCAUUCCUUGUUGUGUUGAUGGCUGCCCUCAAACAAAUCCGGAUGCAAGAAGAGCCGAUCCUCUCCGACCUUAAUGAGGAAGGCUUUGAUCAAGCAUUCGCGGUCCUCAGGCCAGUAAUCCAAGGAGCCGCAGACAAGGAAACGGCCCCAACGGCUAAGGGCGAGUCGAUCACCGAAACCAUCAACCUCUGCCCCAAUGCGCUCAAUGACCUGCACGACACGGGGCUGCAAAAGAAGUUGACCAAUAUUGUGGAGGCGAAGGUACACCUGAGUAAGAUCAACUGCUUGGAAACCUUUCGGCAGAGGAGACGGCAGCGCUUCAGCGCAUGCGCGCCAUGCAUUCAAUUCUCCCGUCCUAACCAUGGCGGCGGUUUCGUCUCCUCUAGCCUCAAAGGAAUGAAUCACAUUAUCGAAACGGCACACACGAGUGUGGAUAACAGAGUUUCCGAUAUUGCAUCUCAUGGAAAACAGGAGAUAAAGGGUCUUUUACAUAACCUGCUGAACAUUGUCGAUUUCAAAGGGGAGAAAUUAGACUUCGGCAUCGAGGACGUCAAGAACGAGGCCUUUGCGGCUCUGACAGCAGGUGCGGGCGCAACUAUGAUUGGACUGCAAGCAGUCUUCUAUUACCUCGCAAAUAAUCGUUCUAUAUAUGAAGAGGUUCGAACGGAGGUUGACGAAGCCAUGGGGAGCGGGAAACUAUCCGAAUUUCCCAUUUAUUCCGAAGCCGUCCAACUCCCACUUUUCAAGGCAACGAUCAAAGAAGCAUUGCGAUUACAUCCUGGCGUGGGAUUCACUAUGCCUCGAGUGGUGGAUCAAACUGGGAUUGAACUAUCAGGAAUGUACAUCCCGCCAGGAUGGAAAGUCGAGUAUGAGCGCUAA